UUCAUGACCCUUUAAUCUCCGUCUGCUUCUGCAGGUCCAACCCACAUGUCCAUGCAGGGCCCCGGGCCCAACCAGACACCCAGCAUACCCAGCGGCUCCAUGAACAUGCCACCCAGCAGCCAUGGCACCAUAGGGGCGUAUAACCACACAGUGCCCUCCUCGCAGGGAAUACAGUCACAGGGGCAGAUGAACAUGAGCCAGGGGCAGCCCAUGGGCAACUACGGCCCUCGGCCCAACAUAAACAUACAGCCCAAUCAGGGGCCUAUGAUGCACCAGCAGGCUCCUUCCCAACAGUACAACAUGGCCCCUUCUGCUGGCAGUGGGCAGCAUUUCCAGGGGCAGCAGAACCCCAUGGGCAUAAUGGGUCAAGGCAAUCACGUGUUGGGACAAAGGCCCAUGCCUCCCUACAGGCCACCACAUCAAGGACCUCCUCAGCAAUAUCCUGGUCAAGAGGAAUACUACACGGAGCAAUACAGCCAUGGAGGACAGGGGGCGCCAGAGGGAAGCGCACAGUAUGGUCAGCAGCAAGAGGCAUAUCAGCAGGGUCCAGCGCAGCAGCAGCAGGCUUACCCACCGCAGCAGCAGUACACGGGACAGCAGGGAUACCCCGGACAGCAGCAGGCCUAUGGUCCGUCUCAGGGCACUCCAAGUCAGUACCCAAACUACCCCCAGAGUCAAGGGCAGCAGUAUACAGCCUACAGACCGCCACAGCCCGGACCCCCACAAGGACAGCCGCAGCGCCCCUAUGCUUUUGAGCAGGGGCAGUAUAGCAACUACCAGCAGUAGAUGACGAGCAUUUGACUUCCCACCCUAGCAUUUCCAGUUUGGAGCUGUGUGUGAUCUGAUGAAGGGCUACUGCGCUCUCUAAAUCUCUAUACAUCACCUAUGAAGAGAUGAAUCUUCCCUGCUAAUGUAGACUGAACUCUUCAUUCGGCCACAAGCAUUUGAACAAACCGAUCAACGAUUGGCUCGAUUCUCAGCACAGGUGAUAUAAUUGUGAAACGUCUAUAAAACUCAUUUGACAAAAAAGGGAAAGCGUACACAUUAAGAAUUUCCUGUCAACUCAUAUGUGCAUUUUCGAGUUUAACAGAGAAGCAAUUUCACAGCAGCAAUGCCUUAAGUGAAACGGCUGCCUUAUUUACAGCAACUUACGAAAUCAGUGAAAAUACAGAAACACACACAGCGGUGGAACGUGUUUUGUUUUUCUAAUAAAAUUCAUUGUGCGUUGUUUGUUUUUUUUACAUUUUCUCCUCUCCUGCAAAUGUCAGAGAAGCAAUAAUGCUGAGGUGCGAAUGAAGGCUAGUGGAGAGGUGCAAAAUGGUUUUCAGGUUCAAAACAAUGCUAAGAUGUAUAAAUGUAUUUUAUGCUUUAUCAAAUAGAGCUCAGAUUGAGUCCACGUGUUGAACAGUAGCUCAAAGUGUCGUCCCGUGUGCUUAUUGACUGUAUUGAAUUUUCUUUCGUUUUUGAAGGUGGGACGUUCCAUUUUAAAAUGACAUGUAUGGCUUGCUGAAAUUUGAUUAAACCGAUCUGGUACUGUA